CUGCCACGCACCCUCCAUUCUGCCUUCUCCAUCCAAACCAAACCAUACUCCCAAACUGAAAUCCAAAAGCUCAAAAUGCUUCAACUAACCAAUGCCAACGGCUCCAAAUCUCUUCCAUCUUUCCCCGGAUAAGCCCAUAGCCAUGCCCGCCGCCGCCUCCGCCUCCGCCCCCGCCCCACUCAUCUGCCGCCCCGCCGCCGCCGCCGCCCCACGACUCCCCUCCAUCUUCUCCCCCAAACUCCCUUCCAAAUCCCUCCGACCCACCACCAAACUCCACGUCUCCUCUCCCGCCAACAAGUCCUUCUCCUCCGCCUCCAAACGCCCACCCGAGGAGACCAUCUUCUUCGACGGCGGCGCCCACUAUGGCGACCUCCUGGCCAACCUCCUCCUGGGCUUCACUCUCCUCUGGCUGCCCCUCACUCUCGCCGCCGUUCUCCGCGCCUUCUAUCUCCGGUACCGCUUCACCAACCUGCGGGUGACGGUGAUUUCCGGCCUCACCGGCCAAGACCGGAGCGAUUUCUCCUACAAUGUCAUCAAGGACGUGCAGGUGGUCCCAAGAUUCAUUGGGGAGUGGGGUGACAUUAUCAUCACCCUCAAGGAUGGAACCAAGGUGGACUUGAGGAGUGUCCCUAAGUUCAGGGAGAUUGCCAAGUAUUGCCUCUCCAUGGCUGAGAAGCCUGCGGUUUUGAAGGAGACUGGGCCUAAGGGCUUCUGAUGAGAUGAGGAGGGUUUGAUUUUGGUUUGUUGUAGAUUGCUUCUUUUCAAACAGGCCGGAUUGUCUACAAUCCCAACGCAUGGUUUUAGCUACACGAAUUCUAGAUUGUCAGGUGUUUCUACUUACGACCUUAUCUUUUGUCCCAUGGAAGGCUUGUGGGUGGUUGCCAUCUCCAUGGCAGAGAGGAAUUGAAGUAAAGGGAGAAAAAUGGGCCAAGCUGAGGUCUCAAAAGGAGAUGGGCUGGGGUACUAAAACACUGUUUCACUGAGACUUUUGACCAAUUUUCUGUAUUUCUCUUCUUUUUCUGUUAUUCUUAUUUUUUAUGUAUUAAAUAAUUUUCUCAGGGAAAAAAAAAGGGUAUAAAUAUUGGGGAAGUUGAGGUGGUGUCUAGUCAAGGCUGUGGCAGAGCAGAGAUGCCAUGCCCCUUCUUUAUUGAAAGAUGCUAAAGGAGAGAGAGAGAGAGAGAGAGAGAGAGAGCUGUUUUCAGUGUAUGAAAUUGAAAGGGAGUAGUUUGUCCCAACUUCUUUAGCUCUUUACAGGCCUAUGCAUGAUGCAUGAGAAAGAACUGAUCAAUCAAUUGGUUUGGGAAAUGAUGUUCUUUUACAUACUACGUAUAGAAAAUAUUAUCAAUCAA